AUAAGAGAUAAGUAUUAAUACCUCUGUACCGUCUUGUGUACUUCACUGCACUAGUAAAGAAACAUGACGUCUACUCUGUUGUCUGUGUUGGGGUUCUUUCUGUUACUGGGGCUGUGUUCAGCGCAGUGUAUGAUUCAUCAAAGUCAGCCAGGACCCCACGCUGUGUCCCACCACUGUAACCUGCACGGGGUCGUGAUGUCUGAGGGAGAGAGUCUCAUUAACUCCACUACCUGUAUGAAGUGUCACUGCGGGGCGGACCACAACGUCUACUGCUGCGCAAUGCUGUCUCAUUACUUGGUACCCGAUGGAUGUGUGGUAAAUGUCAAAGAAUGUGUACAGGAAAUAGUGUACGAGGUGGACGGAACUCCAUGCCAACCGCUGGCAGCCGUAUCCAGGAAGUGACGCUUCAAGGAAAUUUAUUGAAAAAGAUCAUUUUUUAUAAAUAAAAGUUGCUGUAAA